CUUCUGCUCGUUCGGGCUCCCGCUCCGGCUCUUCCCGGCUGCCCGGGGCCAAGGCGACGUGAGGUUGUAAAAAUCCAUGUGGGACGGCCCCGGGCGAGCAUCGGAAAGAUCUCUGACUAGUCGCUUUCUGGGAUAGACUGAAAGGAAUGCAGUGAAAAUUCUGGCCAACAGUGGAAAUAUUGGCUUAAUCCCCAACUGAAUAUAACAUUCCUUCUCUUCAGUAGCACUUCAUAAUAGAAGAAAAAUGUAUGGAAGUGCAAGAACAAUCACCAAUCUGGAGGGGAGCCCUUCUAGAUCUCCUCGUUUGCCAAGGUCUCCUCGUUUGGGUCACAGACGAACAAGUAGUGGGGGAGGUGGAGGAACAGGCAAAACUCUGUCCAUGGAAAAUAUUCAGUCCCUUAAUGCAGCCUAUGCUACUUCUGGACCUAUGUAUCUGAGUGAUCAUGAAGGGGUGGCUUCAACAACUUAUCCAAAGGGCACCAUGACUCUGGGAAGGGCCACAAAUCGAGCAGUAUAUGGAGGCCGUGUCACAGCCAUGGGAAGUAGUCCCAAUAUUGCUUCAGCUGGACUUUCUCACACAGAUGUCCUUUCAUACACGGAUCAACAUGGCGGUCUGACCAGCUCAUCCCAUCAUCACCACCACCAGGUACCCUCCAUGUUGAGGCAGGUAAGGGAUAGCACAAUGUUAGACCUUCAAGCCCAGCUCAAGGAACUUCAGAGAGAGAAUGACCUCCUCCGGAAAGAGCUAGACAUCAAGGAUAGCAAGUUGGGAUCUUCCAUGAACAGUAUCAAGACCUUCUGGAGUCCUGAACUCAAGAAGGAGAGAGUCUUGAGGAAAGAAGAAGCAGCCCGGAUGUCUGUCCUCAAGGAGCAGAUGAGGGUUUCCCAUGAAGAAAAUCAGCACCUGCAGCUGACCAUCCAGGCCCUUCAGGAUGAGCUGCGAACCCAGAGAGACCUCAACCACCUCCUGCAGCAAGAAAGUGGCAACCGGGGAGCUGAGCACUUCACCAUUGAACUGACCGAGGAGAACUUCCGGAGGCUCCAGGCCGAGCACGACAGACAGGCUAAGGAGCUGUUCCUUUUGAGGAAGACCUUGGAAGAAAUGGAGCUGAGAAUCGAAACACAGAAACAGACCCUCAAUGCCCGAGAUGAGUCCAUUAAAAAGCUUCUUGAGAUGUUGCAAAGUAAAGGUUUGCCGUCCAAAAGCCUUGAGGAUGACAAUGAACGGACGCGGCGGAUGGCAGAGGCUGAAUCUCAGGUCAGCCACUUGGAAGUGAUCUUAGACCAGAAAGAGAAGGAAAACAUACAUCUCAGAGAGGAAUUGCACCGAAGAAGCCAACUUCAGCCGGAGCCAGCCAAGACGAAGGCUCUCCAGACUGUCAUUGAAAUGAAGGACACAAAAAUCGCUUCAUUGGAGCGAAACAUAAGGGAUCUUGAGGAUGAGAUCCAGAUGUUAAAAGCCAAUGGUGUGCUGAACACUGAGGACCGCGAAGAAGAAAUCAAACAAAUAGAGGUUUACAAAAGUCACUCCAAGUUCAUGAAGACCAAGAUUGAUCAGCUGAAGCAGGAACUUUCAAAGAAGGAGUCAGAACUUCUUGCCUUACAAACAAAGCUUGAAACUCUUAGCAAUCAAAAUUCAGAUUGCAAGCAACACAUUGAAGUGCUUAAAGAGUCACUUACAGCCAAAGAACAGAGGGCUGCCAUCCUUCAGACCGAGGUAGAUGCAUUGAGGUUACGACUGGAAGAGAAAGAAUCUUUUCUCAAUAAAAAAACAAAACAGCUGCAGGACCUCACGGAAGAGAAGGGGACACUGGCUGGAGAGAUUCGCGACAUGAAAGAUAUGUUAGAAGUAAAGGAGAGAAAAAUCAAUGUUCUGCAGAAAAAGAUUGAAAAUUUGCAAGAACAACUUAGGGAUAAAGACAAACAACUGACCAAUCUGAAAGACAGAGUGAAGUCCUUGCAGACCGACUCCAGUAAUACGGAUACAGCACUGGCGACGCUUGAGGAGGCUUUGUCAGAGAAGGAGAGAAUAAUUGAGCGUUUAAAAGAGCAGCGGGAGAGAGAUGACCGGGAAAGACUAGAAGAGAUAGAAUCCUUCCGAAAAGAGAACAAAGACCUAAAAGAGAAGGUCAAUGCUUUACAAGCUGAACUCACUGAAAAAGAGUCUAGUUUAAUUGACCUCAAGGAACAUGCAUCUUCAUUAGCUUCAGCAGGACUGAAAAGGGAUUCCAAAUUAAAAUCUCUAGAAAUAGCCAUUGAACAAAAGAAAGAAGAAUGUAGCAAAUUGGAAGCACAGUUAAAAAAGGCUCAUAAUAUUGAAGAUGACUCCAGGAUGAACCCUGAAUUUGCUGACCGAAUAAAACAGCUUGAUAAAGAGGCGUCUUACUACCGUGAUGAGUGUGGCAAGGCCCAGGCGGAAGUCGACCGGUUGCUGGAGAUCCUCAAGGAGGUGGAGAAUGAAAAGAAUGACAAGGACAAGAAGAUUGCAGAACUCGAGAGGCAUAUGAAAGAUCAGAAUAAGAAGGUGGCCAACCUCAAGCACAACCAACAGUUAGAAAAGAAGAAGAAUGCUCAGUUACUGGAAGAAGUUCGCAGGCGAGAAGAUAGCAUGGCUGACAACUCACAGCACUUGCAGAUAGAGGAACUCAUGAAUGCAUUGGAGAAGACCAGACAGGAGCUGGAUGCCACCAAAGCACGCCUCGCAUCCACCCAGCAGUCCCUAGCUGAAAAGGAGGCUCACUUGGUCAACCUCCGCAUGGAAAGGAGAAAACAGCUUGAGGAGAUCCUGGAGAUGAAACAGGAAGCACUGCUCGCAGCAAUCAGCGAGAAAGAUGCUAACAUUGCCUUGCUGGAAUUGUCUGCCUCCAAGAAGAAAAAGACGCAGGAAGAAGUCAUGGCCCUUAAGCGGGAAAAAGAUCGAUUAGUACAUCAGUUAAAACAGCAGACCCAGAACAGAAUGAAGCUGAUGGCAGACAACUACGAUGAGGACCACCACCAUUACCACCACCACCACCAUCACCACCACCACCGAUCUCCUGGGAGGUCGCAACAUUCCAAUCACAGGCCCUCUCCUGAUCAGCUAUCAGAAGGGUUGAAUAAAGAGAAAACGCAGCUCUGCAGCAAUAUUCCGAUAAUCUAUUGCAGUGCGACUCACAUCACUGUCCAUCACCACCUGGAAUGGCUCAUCAGGACUCAAGAGGAGUUUUCACUUUCAUUAUUGAGCAUGUUUCUGUUUGACUUGAUAUUUCCUUCAUCAUCCUAUGUCCUUUCUCAUGGAUUAAGAUGUAUGGGAAAGGAAGAAUGUGGAGAAGACAAAAAUGACAGAUCCCCCAUAUUUGGUCUGGAUUUGGGCAUUGAACAUGUGAUCAUCUCUUCUGAAUGUCAUUAUCUGAUAACAUUUAAUUAUGUUGUUUAGACAUCAUCAGAUAAACUUGAGCUCCGUGGGAUUGAACUGUGGAUUCAGCUUCUGUUGGACAACUAGCUUCAUCUCCAGUUUUUCUGCUGGUUCAGUCGAAGUGGUCAUUCCUAAUGCAUUAGAUUAUCAAAAAGUGUAAAUUCUCUGUGAGUGAGUGGUGUUGGCAGUGUUUGUAUACCAAGAUGCGUGGAGUGUUUGACAAAGAAACCAACACACCAAAAACGGCGAGCCUUUACCCUCCUCUAUUUCUUUAAUCUGCUGUUUGAAGAACCAUAUUUUGAUGGUGUAACCAGUAGUUACCUCUGGGCCAGGUUGGAAAUGAAAUCAAUUUUUUAAACCACUAAUACUUGCCAAGAAAUCGCCUUAUGAGAACAUGGUGUGUGUCUCUGACAAUGCAUGGCACAUCUAAAUUAAUCAUUCAUGAUUUUAUCUACCCUGUUUAUGUACUGGAGAGUGGCAAAAGCCUGAGGCACCUGCCUACUUCUCUCUGUGUAUUGAAUGCAUCCCCACAGCUGGGAUGUGGCCAAGCCUCAGACUCUUUCCAUUCCCUUACAUGCAGGUCUCCAUGAAGAAGCUGGGACUCAUUCUCAUUUCAAGAUCCAAAUGCUGUGCAAACAGUAUAAGCUUAGAUCUUGUGUAAACGAAGGUUCAUUUCUCAUUUUUUAAAAAUGUCUAUAACAUGGAUUCCAAAGCCUUUUCAGCAUAAAACUCGAAAACAUUGAUGAAUGAGGAAUAAUCACAAAAGCUGUGUACCUGUAUAUAGCUCUACACAACAUGUUUGUGAGUACAGAGUCAUUAUUUAAAGCACAUGCCAGGGAAGGAGACCAAAUUUUGAGGUCUUUCACAUACAGUGACACGGUACUAAGGAGAAUUAAACUCCUACUGCUUACUCUGAAGAUUAAAACAAAUUUUAAGUUGUUAGAACUUCAUAGAACUCAUGACCAAGUCUGGCAAACAUGUGCAACUCUUGUAUUGAUCCAUUUUCUUGUCAAUGGAAGAUACUCUUCCACAUGUAUGCAAGUAGGAGAUGAAAAAAUCUGCAUUUUUAAAGGACAAACAGUGAAUUUAAGCAUGAGUGGCCUUAAUAAAUAUAGUUGUCUUUCUUUGCUGCUGUGGAAAGGAUUCUAAACAUAUGUUCCUGAAGUCUUGCAUUGAAUUUCCUUGUUAUGAUUAAUUUUUAAAAUGUUGGUGCAAUGAACUCUGGACCUCUCUCGUGAGCCAUAGAGAUGUUCAAAAGACAGACAUCUUAUUUGUCGGGGAAGAUGAAACUGUCCCUGAUUGGCACCUGGUCGGUGCAUUGGGUAUAACAUAUUCAAGCAGGUUUCUUGCUUUUGGCUUUGUUCUUGUCGUCAGUAAGUAUAGCGAACUAUGUGAAGCUUACGUGUUGCAUAAACAAUCCAAAUACAUUCAUGUUUAAGAAGUUUGUCCUUUAACUAUCAAAGCAAUCAAGGUCUUGAUUGGAGGAAAUGAGCAAAGUUCUUUGCAAGCAUAUUUAGCACAUUUUGACAUAAUGUCACACUGAAAAACCCAGGCCACAAACGCAUCCCCGUGAACAGUUUGGGAGUCCUUGAGUAGAUGGUCCUCGCUGUCGCCUACAAAAAGGCCCUGAACUGAACUCUGCAACUGAAUACUUGAAAUAAGAAAUCCACCAGGGGAAAUGGGGGUCCUGAAAACAGGAAAAGCAACAACCACGUUGAGAUAGUUAUUUCUAAGUAUGUGCCAAUUUUGUCACGGCUGUUGUUUAGGGGAUAUUUUUUUUGCCCCAACUUUGUUGGUUUAAAGUAUUCUUGAUCUUACCUUUAUUGGGGACAUAUCAUUUUGCUUCUUAAAUCUUAAAUUCUGUCUAGCAUAGAAUCUUUUUCCAUUCCAUGUAAUAUUCUCUGAUGUUGGGGAGGUUACCAAAAAAAAAUCCUUUUUCACAUAUUGAAAUAGUCUCUGGGUUUACAACAAACACUGUGAUGUUGGAGAGGUAUUUCCUUUGUGCAAACUUUAGCAGGUUCCCCUCUAAUCAUAAAGAAGUUGAAAAAAAAGUCGAGGCUGACGUUUAGGAGAAGUUGGUCUUCUUACUUUGUGCAAAAGCAGGCUUGUACUUUAUACCCCAUUUGAUUUCGAUGUACAGUCUCGAUUUUGUAUUUACUAACUUUUGUGUAUUCAGUAUGCACGUUAACAGCGUGUCAACUUUCAUUUGAAAAUGGGUUUCAAUUUACUUUUUAAACAGUGUUUAUGAUGAGACCUCCGAAGUGUUGACAUAAGCCCUAUCUGAGAUGUUCUUUGUGUAGAGUGGCGUUUGAAUGCUGCCAAGGGUCAGUGUAUCUAAUUCCCUGAGACCCUAGUUUGAUAGUGCUUCUUGUAAUAUUUCUUUAAGUGAGUGGCAUGUGGGUUGUGAUAUUGACCAUGUGAUUAUGGACUUCGAUAUGAAAAAAAAUAAAUAAAAUUAAGGAACCCUCAGAAACUACCAGUGGGCAUGUAUUAGCCAGUCAUUGUAACCUCGUGUCUAGUAGAAGUACAACAUGCAGGUAUGUACAGUUCAUAAAUUUGUUAUCAUGUGUAUGAGAAGUACUUUGUGCUGA